AUGAAGAGGAGACAGAAGCGAGUGUUGCAAAUGGCCUUCGUAUUCAUGGUGGCUUUGAUAUUUCUGCCAAACGUCGGACUGUGGUCUUUAUACCGGGAGAAACACCUGAUGAAGUCGCACGAGGCCGGCGAACAGGGCUUCUCGCUGGGGCUGAGCGAAGGACACAUUUACACCUGGACGGACGGCUUGAGGAGGAGAGACUGGCAUGAUAACGAGAGCAUCAGGCGAGACGAACUGCGUGUCGGGAAAGGGGAGCACGGCAAGCCCUACCCUCUGGCUGAGGAUGAGUGUGACGACUCGGUUUACAAGGAGAACGGCUUCAACAUCUACGUUAGUAACAACAUCGCCCUGGACCGCUCUCUACCAGACAUCAGACAUCCAAACUGCAAGACAAAGCUGUACCUGGAGAACCUUCCCAACACCAGCAUCAUCAUCCCCUUCCACAAUGAGGGCUGGUCGUCCCUGCUGAGGACCAUCCACAGCAUCUCCUACCGCACCCCAGACCACCUCAUCGCUGAGAUCAUACUGGUGGACGACUACAGUGACAGAGAGCACCUGAAGGGCCGUCUGGAGGAGUACAUGGCCCGGUUCCCCAAAGUGCGCAUCGUUCGGACCAAGAAGAGGGAGGGUCUGAUCCGUACCCGUCUGCUGGGGGCCUCGGUGGCCAAGGGAGAAGUCCUCACCUUCUUGGACUCUCACUGUGAGGCCAACGUCAACUGGCUGCCCCCCCUGCUUGACCAGAUUGCCCAGAACCCCAAGACCAUCGUGUGCCCUAUGAUUGACGUGAUCGACCAUAACCACUUUGGAUAUGAAGCCCAGGCUGGGGACGCCAUGAGGGGAGCCUUCGACUGGGAGAUGUACUACAAACGCAUCCCCAUCCCUCCAGAGCUCCAGGGCCCCGACACAAGUGAUCCCUAUGAGUCUCCAGUGAUGGCCGGAGGUCUCUUUGCCGUCAACCGUCAGUGGUUCUGGGAGCUGGGUGGCUACGACACUGGCUUGGAAAUAUGGGGCGGAGAGCAGUACGAGAUAUCGUUCAAGGUAUGGAUGUGUGGGGGCAGUAUGUACGACGUACCAUGCUCCCGAGUAGGACAUAUCUACAGGAAAUACGUCCCCUACAAAGUGCCGUCUGGAACAAGCCUAGCCAGAAACCUGAAGAGGGUGGCUGAGACAUGGAUGGAUGAGUACACAGAGUUCAUCUACCAGCGUCGUCCAGAGUACCGCCACCUGUCCACCGGGGACCUGACGGCCCAGAAGGAGCUGAGGAGACACCUCAAGUGUAAAGACUUCAAGUGGUACAUGAACGCUGUGGCCUGGGACCUGGCCAAGUACUACCCCGCUGUGGAGCCGCUGCCUGCCGCCUGGGGAGAGAUUCGUAACGCUGCAUCAGGUCUGUGUAUAGACUCCAAGCACGGCCCCACAGGGACCGAGCUGCGACUGGACGCCUGUCUGAAGGAGGGGGCUGAACGCACCUGGGCACACGAACAGAUAUUUACAUUUGGCUGGAGAGAGGACAUCAGGCCAGGGGAUCCUCUCCACACCAGGAAGUUCUGCUUUGACUCCAUCUCCCAGAGUUCCCCUGUCACACUGUACGACUGCCACGGCAUGAAGGGCAACCAGCACUGGCGCUAUAGGAAGGAUAAAUUGCUGUACCACCUGGUGAGCAGCGGUUGCAUGGACUGCAGUCCCGGUGAUAAGAGGAUUUUCAUGAAUAAAUGCGACCCUGGGUCGGAGACACAGCGGUGGCUGUUCCAGAGAGCCAACGCCACCGUCCUGGACAAAUUCAACAGCGCUGCGGCUGCCAGCUCCUAG